AUGCUGCAGAAGCCUGCCUGCGCUGUGCAGGGAGCGGGAGGUAAUGAUCCGCGCAAGCACGGCCCAACCACUCCUGUACGGCCUUCAGGAUACACGAAGCAGCUGAACGACAGCCCUGACGAGGAUCUGGUGGGCUCCAACACGAGAGUGUCGCUCGACAGCAAGUUCGCGUCAGCCGUUGGAGCGUACCCCUGCUUCCCGGCACAUCUGCCGAUCCCCGGGACGGUUCCACACUGGCUGUUGUCGCGCCAGCAGGGAGCUGCGGUUUCACUAGUCCAGCCAUCCUAUCCUGUUUACGGCAUCGCGCAGAGCGGUGCGGGCGCACACCCCGGCUUCACAGCUGUGCCUAAGCAGGAGCCCUUGGCCGGAGGAGAGGAUUCUGACGAGGACGGAGAGGGGGAGACCGAGCCAGGAACAAAGCCGACCAAGUACACCGGGGUGUAUGUGGAGGCCGAUACAGGCAAGUUUGGGGUGAAGGUUGUCGCCAAGGACAAGGACGGAAAGAAGGUAACGAAGAGAGUCGGCGCUUACACCACGAUAGAGGAGGCAGCGUAUUGCUACGCGGCAGCAGCCCACGUGCUGAGGCCAGGCAUGGGCACCAGGAACUCUGUGGCUUUAACACCGGCGGAUAGGGCAGCUUUGAAGGGGUGCACUCCUGAAGUCCUAAAAGUCCUGGUGGAUGCCCGCAUGUGGUGGCGCUGGAGGGUAUGGAGGGAGGUGUACGAGGGUGUGAUGCGGAAGGCAGCGCGGGCCAAGAAGAAUGCAACGCCUGCUAAAAGGGGGAGACCGCGAAAGGAGAGUGGUGCGCAGGGUGGUGGCACGGCAGGAGAGGGUGAAGGAGAGAAGGCUGGAAGUGAGGACACUGAGAUCGUUGCCAUCGAACCAACCAACAGCAGGGCGCUUGGGAGGCUCCGCAGUGCCGAUGCAAAGUCCACGGAUGACAAGACAGAUGAAGCUGGUCGUGGGAGGCAGAAGGAUGAGCGGGAGGUGGCGGAAACCCUGCUGGUGAUGGUAAUCACGGAGACUACGGGGGGGGAGACAUCUGACGCUUCUCCCGGCAGAGUAGGCAAGCAAGCGGCGGAGAGUGACUCGCCAGAUUCGCGUUCCAAGAGCGACGUUGAUCCGCGUCUGGCUCUCCGGAAUCGAGGCGAGGACGUUGACGGGGGCGACCAGGCACGCAUCGAGAGCGACGUCAACGCUUUCGAAGAGGAGGAUGACGAGGAUGUGGGCGACGCGAUGCGCGCGAUGUUCGAAACCAACACGAACCGCGAGAACGCUGAUGUCCCAACCAAUGGAGAGGAGGUGCGCGUUUCUGCGGGAGUAUUCCGGAGCCUGCUUAAGUCGCAAGACGAGAGCGCGAAGAAGGUUGCCCGCUUGGAAACCUUGCUUUUGGAGGCACUGGCGAAGUCCGAUGGGGGAUCUCGUCGCCGCAAAGCAGAGCGGCAGAGGGAGCCGGGACAGGGAUGCAUGAACCCAAAGCGCCAGCGUCGUGGCGAGGCUGUGGCUGAGCGACUAUGCGAGUUGGUCCGCGUGCAGCUGUUCCUGAAGAAGCCGGCCGCAACCAUGACUUUCUAUCCGAGCUCUGACGACAAGACUUAUGGCGUCUGCGCAGUGCUUGACCGCCUGCCGCAUAGCUUCGCGUGUCUCGCGCUGGCAGCGGACAAGUCCCGACGGGCGGACCUUAACAAGACGCUGAGCGAGUGGAAGACAAGGGCUGCAGCACGGGUCCGGGACAUUGCGCUCCCGAAGCUUGGAUUCUUCCGGGACGAGCGCGACGAGGCAAGCCCGUGGGCAAGGGACAACGCACGGACGCUGGAGCAGAUUCGCGAGCGCAUUGGGCUCGGGGCGGAUGAGAGCGGUAAGCGGUGUUCAGGCGCUUCUACACAUUGCAACUGGGCUAACGACCGCGACGGGAUGCCCUUUGCUUCUGCGGCGUUUGCGGCGUGCGCAAAGGCUGCCUUCAUUCCGAAGAAGGCUGCACUGCCGCUCACUUUGAAGGUGUACCACCUUGCGUGGCUAGAGCACGUGGUGUCCGACAGCAUCAUGUACUGGGAGCAGAGGAUGGGCCGUCUCUCUAACUCGGCGGGGGGGAACGGCCACGUGGUGAACGGGCUCAAGGUGCUUGUGAAGGGCUCCGUUUCACAGGCCAUCCGUCACUUCAAUCCAGAGUACGACGAGGAGAAAGAGGAGUGGAUAUGGGGACGCCAUGGCCUCCGCCUUUCUGCAUGUGGGCUUGAGAGCAUGAAGCCCAAUGCAGGCGCUAGCGGAGGAGACGCCGCCGGGAACGAUGUGCAGUCGGUGUCUGUCGGGGGUGUGUAG